AUGGCGGCUCGCCUGCUCGAGCCUACGCAUGGCAGUGCGGCAGGCCUGACGCCUAACGUGCUCAUUAUAUCGGGUUUCCCGUGGUACACGAGCGAGCUGGCGGUGCACCGUUACCUCACGGAUAUCUACCCGGCUGCGGAGCCUGUGACCACGCGGCUCUACACGAACCCCACAAAUGGCGCAAGCAGGGGGCACUGCUUCGUGGAGUACAAUCUGCCACCCUCCUCCGCGGCGCCGUCCACCUCCGCCGUCGCAGCAACAACAGCGAAAGCCUGGAGCGGCGCCGAUCUGGGACCCACAGCCGGCGUCUCCACCGUGCAGAGGAGCAGCGGCGGUGAUGGUGCGGUGGACGCGCUGCUGCCGCCUGUUCUCCGUGAGGUGAAGCGGCGCGUUGAGGAGCAGCCAUACGAAUGCAUCUACUUGAAGGCGCACGCCUACGUCCUGACUUCGAAGCGGUGGAGUCGCGCCGGCCGGCUCCCUGAGUUGCCCACGGACCCCUCGGCAGUUCGCUGGCAUGGCAGGGCGGGCGUCCUUGUCGGCUAUGGCGAUGAAGGCUUCUUAGUGCGUGCCGGGCGGGAACUGGGUCUACCGAAUACAGUGACGGCCGACGGGCAGGUUCAGCUGGAGCAGCUGCGCAAGCGCCUGCGCACAACGUCUGCUCGCCGUGCAUCGGGUCACCUCUCCGCCGAGUAG